UCUCUCUAGAUAAACAAACAAUGAAACAAAGGGUCGAUUUAGAGAGAGAAAAGUUCUGAUCCUAAAUCUAGAGAGCUAGCUCGGGGUUGCACCUUCUCCAAUGGCGGAGCCGAAGGCGGCGAGGCCCGUGAGCAAGUCUUCUUCGUCCCUUGCGGAUUCCUCCAAGGCUACUGAUUUCGUUGAGAUCUUUGGUGGGCUUGAGGCUUCGUGUUCGAUUCCUUUUCUUGAGCUUCCGGUGGGAUUUGAGGAUACUGAUGAUGCUCGCGGUGGAGAAAGGCGGUUUGUAGAGGAUUAUGAGGAGAUUUUUGGGGGAGUUGGUGGUUUGAAUUUGGGGAUUUCGUGUGAGGAGAUGCAGAGGCCGGAUGAUUUGGAUGGAAGGCUUACGAAAGAAAUCAGUCUUGGAAUGCAAGAAGUGGAAGGUUCUAAACUAUCUUCACAGCGGCCUGAUCAAAUCCUUUCAGAUUUGGCCCCUUUGAAAGAUAAGUUAAAGCAGUUCAGCAGGUCUCACAAAAAAUCGGGCUGGAAAAGCAUAGAAGAGACUACAAGUGGGGCAAUGGGAUUUUCACAUGGCACUAAUGCAUGCUCCUCACAAAAUUCUGAAAGGAAUAGUACUUCAGGAAUGGAUGCCAAUGAUGUCAGUACUCAUGGGGAUUCAAAUGGCACAAGACCAAGCUCGAAACGAGAAAAAACGUCUACACCUGCUUUCGAAGGUGUCAAGAAUUCUGUGAAUGACAUGAAUGAUCUGGAGCAGUUGAGCACAAGCGCUCCAACCUCAGAAGAUGAUUGUAUUAAUUUGAAGUCAUAUCCGUGUUCUUCUAGCUCCCACUCAACACCUGGCAGGGGCAUCUCUUGUCCUAAGGUCCCAUAUGUCACUUUAUCUGAUAUCAGUCUUCAGACUCAACCAUUGCUUGUUUCGCCACCUUCAAAGCCACCACCAGAAGUAGCUUGUAAGAACAGUCAUCCAAAAAUCAAGAUAUUUGCUAAUAUGAAAGAUGAUGAGGGUGAAGGAGGCUUGUAUCAGCAAAGCAAUAGGAGCCAGCAGCGUUGGAAAGCAUUUUCUAAACGUGAUGCUCUUCAGAACUCUUUGAGAGAUGGUUCCCCAUACUUUUAUGAUGCAGAUGAUGAUGCUGGAUCAGCAGCAGCUGCUGCGGUUGCUGAUGCUGCCAUGAAGGAAGCAAUGGAACAAGCUCGAGUUAGAUUAAAAAUUGCAAAAAUGUCAAUGGAUAGAAAACGACAUAGUUUUAAAGGCCACAAAGACCUGGUUAAAGUUGAUAACUUGAAUUCCAAGGAUGAAGGAGCUGAAGCUGUGAAAGCGUCCAGUGAAGAUAUGACUCAAAUAAUUACCAUGGCCAUUGAGGAUGAGGAAAUGAAUGGUUCCACUCCACUAGAGAGGCAGAAACACAUGAGGGCAGCCAAGGUAGCUUCUAAUCAUGAAGAGAAGGAAAGCCAAGUGGCCGGAGAGGAAGAUGUACUUCAAGGGAAGAAAACAAAAUCGUCCCAAUCCAAAUUAGAGGAGAAAAGUGGGGAAUUGAAGAUAGAAAGCCAAUGUUGUGAACUGAUCAACAAUGACAAGAUGGUUGGAAUGGUCCAUCAAGUUCCUGGACAAGAAAAUGUUGAGAAGGAAAUGAGAUCAAAGGAAGACAAGGAUGAGCAAGAUAAGAAAGUGGUUAAAAUUCCAACUGAACUGAAAAAGAUGAGAAAAUUGUGGACAGUUGGUGAACCUCAUGAAGUGAAGAACAAACUGAAAUUAAAGGCAAAUAGUGUGGCCAUCAGGGAGGAGGAAAUAAAGGAAAUAAUAACUGCAAUUCGAGAAGCUCAUGCGCAGGAUGCAAAUCUGAAUAUGCCAGAAAGAACUUAUGAUUCUAGCCUGGAAGAUGAAACUGAAGGGAAACCAGAGGAGACAUUUAUAUAUGGAAACCAUGAGAGAAACCUAGAAAAUUUUGACCAUUAUUGCAGCUAUGAAAAGUUUCAUAAAUCUGAAGAGAAUAAUAAGAACACCAAAACUUUUAAGAAAGGUGAUCAAUGUAAAGAAAGUGAAGCAAUAUCAUGCAUGGUAUGUGAACCUCAAGAGAGUGAAAGGGUGAGAAAACUGUCCAAUAAGACCAGUGUGAAUGUGAGAAGGAAUUUGAAGUCGAGAACAGAUCAUGUAAAUCAGAAACCAUGGAGGAAUUGAGAGGAGCUCAAGUGGCUAGUCAUUGUACAGACUUGGAAACACCAUGGCCUGCAUCUCUCCCUGUGUUCCUUGCCAAAAGAGCAUCUCCAAUUUAAUGGAGCUUACGAGGUUUUAUUUGUUUAUUUAUUUAUUUUGCAUUCAUACGUUUUUGAUGGUCAUCUCUGUAAUGAAGCUGACGUUUUAGACCUUAGGUUCCCUUUUCUGGCAUUUUGAAAGCUUUCUCCAACCUGUUUAGGAUGUAGGAAGCUUGAAAAUUAUUCAACAGACAAGCAAUAUUAAGGAAGUUAUAUUAUUGUACAUGCUAAUGACAAUGAUGUAAAGUUUGAUGCUGUAUAUUAUUUAAUCUGU